AUGCAAACUCAUAGAGGCGAAUCUAAAGACCUAUCCGAAGUUGACUCAUUAAAACUGGAAAAUGUUAGGCUUAUGGCUAGAAUCGCAGAAUUAGAACAAAUAGUAAAAGAAAAAAAUGCACUUGAGACUGAGCUAAAGCAGAUUAUAGAAGAAAAUGCUGAGAAAGCAAAGUUAAAAGAUGCUGAGCUCAAUGCAAGAAUCAUAGAACUUGAAUGGUCAGCAAAAGAAAAUGAAGAGCGAUUUGUAAAAUUGGAGCAGAAGCAAAACAAUAUUGUAGAUAAAUUAGAAAAUGGCGAUAAUUCAUAUAAAAAUGAUGUUAAUAUACCCGACCUUGUUAUAAAAUCGUUAGAGG